AUAGGACGUGUUCGAUUUGAGCUCGGCGUGACUUUGGAUUGCUUCCCAAAAUAAGCGAAUGAACAUUCCGUGAUUGCAACUCCUGCAUCGAAUUGUGUCAAAUUUGGCGGGAAUCCGAAUAGAAUGGCUGCGUCUUAUCACCAUCCACUGGGAUCAUCCUCUUUGCCCUCCAAUGGCUUAUCUCGGGUUGAUGAGCGGAGCAACAGUAGUGCUAAUCAGAAGUCGAGGAUUUUUGGAAGUUUGUUAGUGGAUGCCAAUUCAUCCACUCCUUACACGGAUGCCACUCAGCAGACGAAAAAGACUUCGGUUAACCAUAUCAAACGGCCGAUGAACGCUUUCAUGGUCUGGUCGCAAUGUGAGAGAAGGAAGAUUAUUGAAAUCCAGCCCGACAUUCAUAAUGCCGAGAUCUCCAAGAACCUGGGCAAGCGUUGGAAGCGUAUGAGUCAGGAGGAGCGACAACCUUGGAUCCAGGAGGCUGAACGUCUGCGGAUCCUGCACAGUCAACAAUAUCCGGAUUACAAGUACCGACCUCGCAAACGGAAUCGCAAUCAGCAAUCCCUGUCCUUGGGCAGUGUGGAAGAGCUCUUGUCCAGCAAGAAGGAUGAGGGCGAUGCUGGUAUGACCUCGGCCAAGACGUUGUGUCUUGGCCCACGUGGGUCAGACUUGGAUGCUCAAGUAGUGAAACCUCAAGUGGCCAUUACGGAUUCGCCUUCGCCCAAUCGUGUUCCAUCUAGUCCCGCGUCAAUCCCAAGUAGUCCUGAGUCGCAAUCGUUUUACGAGGAACCUCGCUAUCAGCCCCCGAGUGGAUCGUCCUCGACCGUGUUCCAUGUUAAGGAUGAGGAGGAGCAGAAUCUCCUGGACGAUAUCAACACGUUGCUGCAAAAUCAUGGCAACCCUGUGCUGCUUCAGGAUUGUACACAUCUGGACCUAGGCGACGCUGACCAUCGGGAGUAUACCUCCUUAGAGGCCACACCCACGGAUAUCGACGAGGAGCCUCAGUUUCAGUUCCCUCAUAAUCCUCACACCGCAAUCCAGACUCUGUUCCCACAAUUAGACGAUGGCAAUUAUCCCUUGUUGGACAAUGCGUAUACGGGUUUCAUCGGCAAUUACGGCAUGGAGGACAACAAUGGCAACCCUGCCCUGUAAAAUAAAACCAAACAACAACUCGAAGAGGAAUAAAGAGUUCAAACUUCAAGCAUUUGGGUACUAAAUUCUGAUCUCCUUAAAUAAUGUUCCACUCAUCUGUUGAUCAGAAUCCCGCCUCCCGUGAGUCUUUCGUCAUUUCGUUCCAUUAUUACUUCACGAACACUUAAAGCUUCUUGCCCCUCUCUUUGCUCCUCUUUCCUCAAUCACACGAUAGGUAUCCUGUUCUUCAGAAGCUACUUUAUAGCUUUUUUCCAACGCUCCCUUAUUUGAAGCAAAAAUGCAUUAUUUUAGACAACAAAAGACACAAAUGAACAGCAACAUAUCACAUUGCCAGUCUUGUAUAAAUGUACAAAAAGAAUCCUGAAAUAAAUCUGAGAAGACUUUUUUUA